CAAUCCAAUCGGUCCAAUCGGAGCAUGGAGAGUGGUGGAGAGUGAUAUUGGGGAUUUAAAGAUUAUUUUUUAGGUCCGUGGUUCGGAGUGAUUUAUGGGUCUUCGGUCAUAUAUUAUUAUAUUCUUUGCUUUCGGUCUCCUUGUGCUUGAGUUAUCUUAAAAUAAUUUGUAAUUAAUCAAUUAGAAAUAAUAUUCUAGGUCUUUUAUCAAUUUAUAUAAAAAUGCCAACAAACACUUCCAUGCCAAGUAUUGCUUUAGAAAACGGAUUGGAUUUGAGUCAACUUUGCACAACGGGUUCAAUACUUCACAUAAACGACGAUUUGGAGGAGGGUCACGGUUUAGAGACGGAGAGAGAAGAUGCUAGAACUUUUGACCAUAUUGGACAACCUAUAAAGUGCUUGAAAAUCUUAGAGCAGGAAUUGACGUCUGUUGAUUCAGAUAGUUGUGUCAAGAAGAAGAUUUUGGAACAAGGAGGUGGUUUCCCACUUCAUGAGGGUUGCACGGUCCACAUAGCAUAUACUGGAUUCUGGGAAGAUGACGAAGAACCAUUUGAUGUUCGGAAAGUGCACAAGCCAUUGGUAGUGGACUUAAAGGACAAUGACUUGUUGCCAGGUCUACAAACCGCUGUCAACUCAAUGCUAGUUGGGGAAAUGUCAGUUUUUCUUCUAUCUUACAAAGUCAUGUUCGGGGAGUUUGGAGUCCCACCUCGAAUAAAACCAAAAGCCGAUUGUGUAUUCUAUAUCAAACUCAUUAAGAGUAUUCUGACUCCUGUUGAAGGGGAUAUAAAUUACUCAGAACCCAACAUGUUUCAGCGGGUAUUCAGCCAAGUAACUAAACUCUACAGUUCUGGCGUAACAUUACACAAAUCCAAAAAUACUAUGGCUGCAGUCCACCUUUUCAGAAAGUCAAUAGCCAUGCUGCACAAAUGUCGGCUGGCUGAUGAAGCCGAGGAAAAAAAACAAGAGAAAAUGCUGGUAAAAUUGUAUUUGAAUCUGGCUAUUUGCUCUAAUGCUCUGGAACAGCCGUUGAAGGCUUGCAUUGCUUGCAAUGAGCUGAAUAGACUGGAAAACCUCUGGAAUAACAGUAAAGCUCUCUUCCAACAUGCUAAAGCUUUACGAAUGAUCGGUCAGUAUGACGCAGCAAAAAAAAGAUUGCUAAGGGCACAGAAGUUAUGUCCGGAUAAAAGUGAGAUCAAAGAAGAAUUAAUAUUACUUGAGAAAACUAGAACUAUCUGCGAUCAAAACAAAUUGAUAGCUAAGAAUUUCGUUCACCCGUCUCUGGAAUUAGUGAGUGAAGAAUUCAAAAAAGAGGUAGAUACUUUGAUUAAGAAUUUUAAAGAGAAUGUCAAUUUGUGCAAACUGACACUGCCAGGUGGUUUAAAUGCUGAAGAAAUAAAAUAUGUAAAGGAGGCUUGCAUUAGAGAAAACUUGUUUUGCAGUAGAAUAGAGAAGGAUUUUGCGUUAGAUAAAACAAAUGAGAAAGAAAAUGAAGUGGGUGAAGAGCCACUAGGUUUGUCAGUUUGUCCAGACAGCAAUACCAGUGAAUCGUAAUGGUAGGUAUGUUUAGGUAUAUGUCAAGCAUAAUUUAUUUGAGGGGAGAUCCCCUAAAAAUCCCCUAAUCUAGAUAGAUUGUGAAUCUGAAUUUCGCCCAUACUGAGAGCUACUGAUUGUAUUAGAGAACUGAAAUCUAAAAAAACAUGUGCUCCUUCCGAACCUGAUGGCGCUGUACUACGCCAUAUGUUUCGUGGUCACUGAAUUGUCAAAUGUCAACUUUUGACAACCAGCGUAAUGUACGGACCCGUACCAAAGAGAAUUUGAAAUAGAGGUGUAUUGUGAAAGAAAACUUUGUAGCGACGUAAAUUUACUGCCAUCUUUCGACACAUAAUUUAAACUUUUAGAACGCCAUUUGAGUUUGAUCUAAGGAUAAGUUCUUAAGAAUAAGUUCUUUCACUGAUAUGUGUUCAAUUUGUUAAAUAUCUAAAAGUGGCGCCAUCUAAUAGAUCAAAGGCCAAAGGUAUAGCAGCAUCGUUUCGAGCGAUGGCGCCAUAACCUUUAGGUAUUGCCCGGUAAGUAAUUAGAACUGUCUCCAUAAGAGUCAGAGGCACCAGACGACACAUUAAAGCUUUUGAGUGCGAAGAUGGCGCAGGAAUCAUCUACUGAAAGUUCCCCAAGACCCUUCUCUUCUACUACCUCUUCAUAUCACUACUGAAGGCAGCAGCUUUUUUUUUGUAUACUAUUUACCGUCUCCAUGUUUAUGUAUAUUGUAUCUUACUUUAAUAAAUAUAUAAAAUAUUACAUGUAAGUCAAAUGGCGUUCUAAAAGUUUUAAUUAUGUGUCGAAAGAUGGCAGUUAAUACUUAAUUUACGUCGCUACAAAGUUUUCUUUAACAAUACACCUCUAUUUCAAAUUCUCUUUGCCCGUACAGCGCCAUCUGUCUACAUCACCUGUCCAAUUCGUAGUAAGAAUUUGUCUUAAGGCCCGAUUACACAUUAAUUAGUCUUAAGUGCGAGUUCAUACAUUGGCGUUAAGUAGCAUAGUUAUAAACUCGCACCUAACACCAAUCAAUAUGUAAACAAGCCCUUAGAUUAUCCACAUCUUACACAAUCAAUGGAUAUUUGCUGAUACCAAGGGCACACUGACAAGUCUUACAAUACAACCAACUACUCGUAUGUAGUGAGAUAGCAAUGAAUAUGUUCACAGUAAACAUAAUGGUAGGCUACUGCCGCCACUGGUCUAUAUGUGCAUGUUGGGAUUCCGAAUAUAUUACGAAUAGUACUACUAAGUAUUACCACAGUUCAAAUGCAUUCCUUGCUCUCAUAGUACGCAGUCGACAUGUCUUUGCGCAAACAGCUAAUCCACUGGAAAUUGUGAAACACGCAAUAAUAAAUAAGUAUGAUGAUUUUGAAGCAAGUUAAGUACAAAGUCCAAAUGCAACAAUCACCUAAAUGUAUCAGAGGCUUUGAAAAUUAUACAAGGAGCGUGCGUGAACUGUAGAGAGCAGUGCCAGCUUAUUGUGACAAGUUUUAGUUUUCGAUUUAGUUAGGUCCUCCAACGGUCACGAUUUCUAUAUCUAUUGGUUUCAGGAAUCUCGAUACUGUUGUUUUUUUCUACAAAAUAUUCUAGGCUGAUAUUGAUUUGUCUAUUUUGUAUUCCAAUGAAGCCCUUUAUUCACAAAUACUUUGUUAAACUGCACUACUCUCGAAAAUUUGGAUUGUUACCUAUACAGACUAAAAUAAAUAAAUAUGUUAAGCA